AGCGCCUCCUGCUCGUCUGCCUGCCCCAAAGACGGAGGAAUGCUGUUCCGCGACCACCCAGCGCUCAUUUUAAGUUUUUGGCGUUUUCUCUUCGGUCAUUGGUUUCUCACGUCUUUCUUGCUCUUGUUGCAGUGCACUCAAGGCGACCUCCAGAGGUCAUGCUCGCGGACUGUGGCCGCGAAGGUGAGUGACACAUGCCAGCUGGCCUGCCACUGUAGGCCCUACCCUCCGCUGCCCCCCCCACCACCACCGCCUCCACCUCCCAGGCUGCUCGUUUCCACAGUGGCUGAAUCCAUUGUGCCUCAGAUGAAGCCCUGGUGGAAGGAGAUAGCUGUACUGGGAUCACUGGGAUGUGCUUCUGGGGUCUUCCUACUUCUGACUGCCAUCAUCUGCUAUAAGGCCAUAAAAAGGAAACCGCAGCGGAAGGAGGAGAACGGGGCGAGUCGAGGUGAGUACGCCAUGAGCUCCCGCUGCAAGAAGGUACUAGACACCAACAACGCCGCUGUGUAGGGGGGGAGGAGGAAGGAUCACCACGGCGACCGCCACGUUCCCCCGGACCCCAUAAAACAGCGACCCCCCCCCACACCCCCCAAGAUCCUCGCUGAUAGGCAACGUAGGUGAAAUCCUGGAAGCCAAUGGACCCAGCCUUCGGCAGGACGGGAAGGGAGGUGAACCACAAACAGGCCCAAACACACACGCACCAGUCCCCCGGCCGCUUCUGCAGAGAGACGGGAAGCCGGGGAGCGCAGAGCCUCCUUAAUAUGCACGGCCGGACGUGGCUGUUCUGAGCCGGGUGUCAGGCCUGCAGAGACGGGGCUGACAGCUGGCAGCCGCCUGAAAGGUUCCUCUCAAACGCCUCCCAUCACAGGAACGCAGAAUAACAAUAGCAAAUAGGAAAAUGCAUGCAUUUAUUUAUUUUUUUUGCAGAAUGCAGCAACUUUUUAAGAUUCGUCUCCUUUCUUUCCUUCUGUCUCUGCACUUUUUUCCGGACCUGAUUUCCCUCUGGUGGUUUUCUGGGGCUUUCGUUACCACCGCCGGUGACCUGACCUGGGGGAGGGGGGGGUUCUAGUUCCAGGAGAGCUUCAGAGACUUUGCCUGCUGCCUCACACAGCUUCAGCAUCGCCACGGGAGCCUGAAAAAAUGGAUUGCUGGCCUCCUCCGACUAUGCAAUUUCUACGGGUGCGCGGAGGUAGCAGGAAGCAUGGAGCGUGUGCAGCGCCGCCCAGCACAAGCUGUCACCAUCGGCUCUGUCUCUGCCGAUGCCGGCUGAGGAUCUCUCUCUGUGUAACUCGUCGUCACGCCUGCUGAUUAAGUUAAUUAUGCAAAUUCCGGAGCUUUCUGUCUUGUUGUGGCGGUUUUACUAUGUGGUCUGUUUCUGCCCUCAUUUCGGCAUGGUAAUAAAUAAACUUAAUGAAUAAAAUCACACGUGAAACUGAAGUCAGAUUUACAGCCCCGAUACCUAAAUAUGCAGUCAAAAUAUACUUCAUAUUUUGGAGUGAAUACCAUUUUUAUUUCAGCUUUAAUAUGUAAAGCUGUGUGCGUCUGUUACAGUGUCGUACAGUAUACUCUAUAUACCGUUUGCAUAAAGGCACAUCGGAGUACACGUGUCCUACUGUGUACAGAUAUCUAUGGAGCGUUCGUCGUAGUUUGGAUCAUGCAUUUGGUUUUGCUUGGUGUCUCACAUAGGAGUUUGGGCUCCAUGACUGCUGAAUAUCAGCAGGGCUUUAAAGACGUCCAGGCUCAGAGAAAGGCCCCUGGACCGCUGUUCUGCGCUACAGUUUGUUUGUGUGCCUCGUGUUCUGCAAGCUGACCUUUAACCUAGGAACAUGUGUGUGUGUCUGUGUGUUGUUAUGCUUACUCUUGUGUGCCUCAGUUCGCGCACCCCGCUUUCUUCGCUGUUUCAUCCUGGUCUCUGUACUGUAUCACCACAGGAACUGGACCUACCCCUUUAUAGGCCGCUCGCGUGUUUUUUUAACCAGAUUAAUGUUGGGUUUGUAGACGGGUCAUGCAGCUUGAUGGGAGGGUGAAGUCAUACGUGAGGUUCUGAAGGUGCCUGCAUGCUGGUGCUCUGUCUCAGUAAGGACUACAAAGCCGAGGCUACUAUUGGUAGAGCUUGAGUCAAGACGGUGACCAAUAAGAAAAGGCCGGCUGACUUAUUGAAGAUGAGCUAUCUAGCCAAGCAAUCUACAGUUUAACCUUUUGGGUCAAAAUGCCAGGUUGGCUGAUCUGAAAUCAGAUCUAGCUUCCUGUGCUGUUUUUUUUUAAAUAUGAUUUAUUCCCCUAAAUAAAUAUGUAUGGUCCCUUUAUAUUCUACACAGGUCAGCAGAGGCACUAUAACCUAAAUUACUAGUUUGAGUAGACUCUUAGCAUAAAUUACUGCUGCCUGUGUGUGUGUGUGUGUGAGGGGGGGGGGUGGGGGGUGACUCUUCUCCUGCUGUAGAAUUACGUGUUCGAGCCAGAGAGCCCAGUCCUUGCUUUUUGAUGUACUGCAGCUCUAUAUACCCACUGUGUACCUGGCACUGGAAAAUGUCUGUAUUAUAGUAUGUACAAAGGUUUAGUCAGAAUAACAAUGCAUGAAUGUAAAUACAAGCAUUAUACUGAAUCUGCCUCUGUGACUGUCUAUCACAUGUACAGAACCAAUGAAAAUAUGUUUAUAUGGGCAAAAACAUUAUGAUGGAGGUUGCUGAUAUGCUACUAAACAGAGUUGUGUAAAUGUUGUGAUGUUUCCGGAGCAAGCCAUUAAUGUAUAUUUUGGUAAUUAAAGGUUGUUUCAUAGUGUAUGCACUGCAUACCGAAAUGUUAAAAAUAUAUACAUACACUCAGUGGCCACUGUAUUAGGUACACCUAGUUAGGACCAGGUAGGACCUACUUUUAGGGGCGAUGAGGUUCAGUGGAGGAAUUCUACUCACCUGUGUUGUACUGAGCUGUGUUCUUUUAUUGGAUUUUUGGCCUUCCUAUUAGCUUUAACGAGUCUGGCCAUUGGAAAGUUUUGUUAAUCACAUCAUUCUCUGGACAGUCUAGACCAGGGGUGGGCAAUCUUAUCCGCAAAGGGCCGGUGUGUAUGCAGGUUUUCGCUGCAACUCCCUAAUUAGAUUACUAAUUAGAGGACUGAUUGGCAGAAGAGUCCU